AGGAGUGCCACUCGUCAUCGUCCGGCUCCGAAUCAGCGUCGACUUGUCCUUCCUCCUGCAGCGCGGAGUGGUAGAAGUCGGCCAGGAGGGCUGGAAGCUGGACGAGCGACUGCAGCAGGACUCCGAGCAUGGAGCCUAUAACGUCCUGGAGCGAGGAGCGAGUCGGCGAGUGGCUGCAAGGUCUGGAUGCGCCCCUGCAUCAGUACCCAGUCUUGGAGUGGCAGUUGACAGGUGUGGAUCUGCUCCAGUUGACCUCUCAGGACCUGGAAAAGUUGGGAGUCCAUAAGAUCGGACACCAGGAGCUCAUACUGGAGGCGGUGGAGAAACUCUGCUCCCUGACGUAUGGUAUGGGUGGAGAGAACCUGCGGGGUCUGACAGAGAAGCUGCGCGCCGUCGCCCACACCCUCCAGAUGGGCAUCCAGAGCCGCUGGCGCCGCAACAGCUACGACGGACGGAGCGCCACCAAGCUGCCUGCCGGAGUACUGCAGGUUGUAGUGGAGCUCGUCACCUCCGCCAAAGGACUCUUCUUUCUGCUCAACAGGUAUCAGUUUCUACAGCUCAGUGGAUACACUGCCACCAAGAACAUCUUCGGCUACUGCAGAGAGCUCGGAGCAAUCGUCCACAAGCAGGAUACUACUGUCUAUGAAAAGGAGAAGGACAUCAUCUCUGUAUGCCGUCAGUUAGUGGUGGUGUGCGAUCAGAUCCUGAACUCCAGCGCCGAAGGGCUUCUUACCCACACUGCUCAGCUCGAGAGUGUUGACCUAGUGCCCGUGUCACCUGGCGAUCAGCUGGGGAUUGAGAUAACGUCCACUGGCUCCAGUAACCACUACGUGACCGGCACCGCUGCUGAGCCCUUGAACGAUGUCUAUGUGAGGAUAUUGGCGGGUGAUGAAGUGAUUCAAGUCAACAACCAGAUAGUGGUGGGCUGGAGCAGAGCAAAUCUUGUGAAGAAGCUGCAGGAGAAUCCCAGCGGAGUGACCCUGGUCCUGAAGAAGAUCCCCGGGUCGGCGCGACGUAAAGACCCGGUCCCACAGGUCUCCUCCCCACAGGAAGAGGAAGAGGUGAGAGACGAGAGGUCAGAAGAGGAGGAGGAGGAGGAAGGGGAGGGGGACAAUCCAAGGCACUCCAUAUUUGAGAGGGUCGCAGCUUCUGUCAGGUCCCUGUCAUUUAGGAAAGCCAUCCACGGGCCAGAGGGACCUCAGGCGCCUAUGGGACAGGAGGAAUCGGAGUUGUCCUUUGACAAGGAGCUGGAGGGGAGUCUGACCCUCACUUCCGAUCAAAACCAACAAGGGGGGUUGUCACCGCUGUCCGCCUCAGGGGAGACUGAGGGUUCGGACAGCUCAAGAAUCUCCCCAAGACUCAGGAGGGACCAGUCGCCGACGCCCAGGACUCCUUCACCUCUCCUCCUUGGGUCAUUCAGAAGUUCUUCACCUCUGCUCCUUGGGUCAUUCAGAAGUCCUUCGCCUCAGGGAGCCAACCAGGAAAGAGCGAGCAUCAGUUCCUGUCCGGAAAUGGUGGGACACACGGGUAAUAAAGAAACUAAGAAGAGUUCUACAAAAGGAAUGACGACGGCGCUGAGUCGGCGUCGCGUGUCCUGCCGUGAGCUGGAUCGACCCGACUGCGACGGCUGGCUGUGGAAGAAGAGGAAGGAGAGCAGUGUCUUCAUCGCCCAGAAGUGGCAGCGCUUCUGGUUUGUCCUCACGGGGCCUUCGCUUUACUGGUACACCAGCCAACAGGACGAAAAGGCGGAGGGUCUGGUGAAUAUAUCCAGCUACAACAUAGAGAGCGCCGGAGAGCACAAGAGAAAAUACGUGUUCAAAAUGUGCCACCAGAGGUUUCACAACUUCUUCUUCGCUGCUGACAACGUCAGCGACAUGAGCAAAUGGAUUAACUGUCUGAUCACUACCAUACAGAAGCACAAGAAGCUCAGCAGGGGCCCUGAUAGUGAGGAGGAAUGUUACAGUGAGACUGAGUCGGAGAGCGAGACAUCUCCGUCACCACGCAGGAGAAACAAGAAAGUGCAGUCCCACACUCUGCCUCGCCCCAAGGGGACGGCCACUAGGGUGAUGUUGUCGAGUCCUUCAACAGGGGGCAGCAAAGGAGCAGGGCCCCCAGAGGAUGAGAUGGGUCAGAUGUUGAACAACAUAAAGGAAGGAGGAGUUUCACUGAUCGGCCACGAGCAGCCGUUCACACAUGACCACUUCAGGAAAUCAUUCAUUCGCCGCAACAAGAACCCUGUCAUUAAUGAGAAGGCGCACACGCUCCGGGCCCUGCAGAGCACUCUUAAGGCAAAAGAAGCAGAGCUGCAGCAGAUCAACAAGAUCUUGGACGACUCCAGUCUGACAGCCUCAAGGUACCGUCAGUGGAAGGAGCAAAACGAGGAACUAGUGCAAGAAAUCGAGAAACUGACCACGCUCAAGGCCUCCAAAGGUGGGGACGACGCGCCGGUGCAGGACGUGCCUGCUGCUGCGGAGGUUGCCUUGGAAACUGUCUCUACGGAAACAGCCGCCGCAGAGACGGAGGGCGCAUACAGACUGAGCCUGAGUGAAGGGGAGCAGUUAGUGGACGCGGAGCCGUCUGAUGUCCUGCUGGAGAUCCCACCGGGCUCUCCGAGCACAGACACCAGUUCCGAGUUAGAACUGUCGCUGGGGUCGCUGCAGGAUUCGAUAAACCAACAGCUGAGUGAGCUGGUGGAGAGCGGAGAAGCUGCCGAAAACUACUUCUACAUUUAAGACCGCGCCGGCAGAAAUCACGCCACUGCAGAAUUACCCUAUUCAUCGAAAUCAAGCGAAUGGGAGAUUCUUGUCAUGCGACAGUGUGAGAGCAGCUCACUUCACCAAAUGAUGAGUUUAGACAAAUUGCCACCAAAUCCAGUAUAUCAGUCAAAUGCGUCAGUGCACAUGUUAUUGGAAGCAAAGUAAAGCCUGUACUUGCUCAAAACAAACACGGCGAGUUUACAGCAGAGAAACGAACAAUUUGCCAAGUGACAAACUGAGUUCAGAAUAUAUUUAAGUGAUUCUAAGACAGUUUUGUUCUUCUCAUGAUAUAAAAAAUAUCAAGUAGAACUUUUCUUAGAAUUCAAAGAUCAUUUGUAAUAUAAGUCAUGCCUCUUGUCAUGUGAGAUGUAAAUACAAUUUUACUUUUAAUACUGUAUGUAUUUGUUUAUUACCUUAAUAAAGGUAUAGAUUUUAAAAAAUAUAUUUUGCACAGAAAGAUUCACCUCAGAAACACUUUUGUUGUCGCUCCUCUUUGAGCCCAGCUGCCCUGCACAUCUACUGUAUGUGUGCCUGUGUUUAUACGACCCAUUAGGCAGAGAGACUGUUCUGGUUAAGUGAUACUUAUUUCCCGAGUCGGCCAUGAAUGCAGCAAAACAGUUGAAGACUCCUCAAGUGCUGAGAUGUCCGAUGCGACCCUGCUCCUCCUUGUCACCGCGAAUCUUCAUCCGCUUGAUGAAAAGGGAGCGAAGCAAAAACUGAAAUGUAAUGUGGGAAUUCCACCGUUGGGUCUUCAGAUUUCUCUCUCAUCCAUUUUUUUUUAAACAGAGAAACAGUUUUAACUGUCUCGACAUGUGUAUGCGCAUGCCUUUUGUGCAUACAUUCCAACCUAUCGAGUCUCCUUCUCUCAGAAAGUUGUUAUCACUUCUCUGAAUAAAAAAAAUAAUGUUA